CUGCUGCGCUCCCUUCCUGUUUAAAAGUCAGGAAAGACAAACACGGGAUUUUGGUUUCGAUGCCCCGUCGUUCUACAAUGAAGAUGUAGCUUUUUGUCCGCCUCACUCCGGUUAAAGAUACGUGUUGUUCGAACAGCAGAAGAGCUUUUUAAUAUAUGUUUAUACAUCAAGCGUUCUAAUAUUCCAACAAUCCAGAAGAACCAGCCGCCAUUAUGGAGGCAAGAGGAGGAGGAGGGAAAAUGGCGACAUGUUCGCGGAACUUAAAAGUAGAAACGGGUGUUUGUAGAAUGCGUCGGUCGCUCUUCUGUGCGGUCCUCUGUGUCUCCGUCCUCGUGACUCCAGGGACGUGUUGUCUGUCCAAGGAGUACGAACUACCGGGCGGCCAGUGCUGUCCGAUGUGCCACGAAGGUUCAGUGGUUAAAAGAGACUGCACCCCUCAGUCAGGCACGCGGUGCGUCCCCUGUGUGGACGGGACGUAUAUGAACCAACCCAAUGGGCUGACUAAGUGCUUCCCCUGCAGCUCCUGUGACCAAGGCCGUGGUCUCUUUGCCAAACAGAACUGCACAUCAACAAGUGACACCGUCUGUGACGUCAUCGCUGGUCACUUCUGCACGGACCUGAUAGAAGAUAAAGAAUGCCGUUCGGCACGCAGACAUUCAGACUGUGAACCUGGUCACAGGGUCAAAGAGCCUGGGACCAGAAGAACUGACACAACGUGUGAACCUUGUCCCGCAGGCAGUUUUUCACCGGAGGGUGUGAAUUGUUCACUUUGGACCACUUGUUCAGAAAACCAAGUGGAGGUCAAAGGAGGAAACCUGACCAGUGACACUGUUUGUGGAGCUGCUUCAAGAGGCCUUUACUGGGAGAAAUCAAGAGAACCAACAGCAGGGGCCCGGGAGCAGCGUACCAUCUGAGGAAGAGCUGUUGCCGUUGCCGCAUCGGCUGUAGCCCAUUCGGGAAGGACCGCCAUGUUGAGGUGGAGCGGGGACCCUUGAGUUGUAGACAGAAGGGCGGACAGAACUCCAGAUAUGGCCGCCGUGGAGGCCCAAGACGUUAUCAGGACGAUGACUGGAUGCUGAAUCAACAGACCUCCCCCACAACGCCCCGGCUAUACCCACAGUUUGUACGCAUGCUGGAAUUGUGGUGACAUUCAUCACAUGAUGUGACUGUCUGGAGCUUUACAAUCCAUCACCACGCAGUCCACCAGCCAGCUACAGCAGCGCGGGGACAAGGACCACCGCCUCAUCAUCACAACUAGGGAUAGCCAGAGGGGAAGUACAGGCUCAGCGUACUCACACUUAUGCCCCUGGAAGAACCCACCAUUACUUACAAUGUAGAGCCCACUCACGGACUGCAGAGCUGGUGCGAUAGAGUGGGAACCCGGAAACCAGAGCCUCGCUGCCCUCUUAGUAGCCACGUUUCUGCCGCUGGUGCUGGUUCCAGUGGGAGCCUUGGCCUGAAGGCCAUGGCCAGUAGGCUCCUGGGGGACCUGCGACAGCGUGUGGUUCAACAGGCUGGUGCAGAGGUGCACCAGCCUCAUUGCACCACUUUCUCUAUGGAACACUCCAAAUACCCAGCUACCUUGGACGCGCCUGACGUCAUGUGCUCAGAGGCGUGGACGCUGCCGCCCGCACCGACUCUAACCCAAUCACCACAGAACUCUGUUAGACCAACAGCAUAGUUAGUGCACCAUGAUUGUCUUUACAUGUACGUGUGUCCCCUUGUUGGGGAUUCGUGGGUGGAGCCGGUAGACGGUUAACUACGUCGUAGUCAAAGGACUCGCUGUGGUCUGAGAAUCCUCAGCUGAGGUGGUGACUUUUUUUUAUUAAAUUCUUUUGACUAACUUUUCGAUCCGAGAUGUCUUCUGUCCGUCCGGAGUUUCUUCAUUUUGAAAGACAACAAACCAUCAGAGGGCGACUGGCGAAGCUACACGGCGAGCAGCACGUCUCUCUCUGGCUAGCGGCUCUGCUGCUGGCGGCGGGUCCAAGUUGUAAAGCGGCUUCCUUGCAUUUUCUUACGCGAAUGACCGGAGAUCGUUUGAUUCUUUCCGUUUUGUCUUUAUUUUACGCAGCAAAGCGUCAACGUGACAGAUAAACGAUGUGCUCUCGUGCCUCGUGCAGCUCUUCUGUGUUACCUGCUGCAAUCAUGACGUCAUACAUGGAGACACACAAGGAGCGUCAGUCCAACAUGAAUGUUUCCAUAUCUCACAUAUCUUUAGUUCCAAUGACCAUAGAUUAAAUGAUUAAUACUUCCCAAAUUCCAAUGAAGUAAUGCAAGCACUUCUGGCUCUUAGAGACUGUGCAUAUACUGUAAACUGUUAACAGUUCAUAUAUUGUCCAUAAAGUAAAAAAGGUAUUGUUUCAGGUA